AUGCCCGACACUUUGGUAGGCGCCAGGCCAAAGGAUGAAGAAGAGUUGGAACUAGAAAAGCUUGUCUUUGGCGACAACGCCGGGUUCGAGGCCAACCUUCGAAAGAUCGAAAAUCUCUACGAUUCGUCUGAAGAUGAACAAGAGGCCGGAGAGAGUGAUGUCCAAGAAAGUGGUAGUGAAGAAGAACAGUUCGAUGAUGACGACAUGUUUUUUAUUGACGAUGGUGGUGACGAAGGAACAGUUUUCGAGGCGCAGGUCAAAGACGAAGAUGGGAUGGACGUGGAUGAUGAAGAGGAAGAAGAAGUGUGGCACGACUCAGACGACGAAAAGCACACGAUUUCCGUUAUCAGCGACAGGCUGAAAAAGCUUAGACAGCUGUAUGUCGAAACAGCGCUACUGGCGCCGGCGUACGUGGCGAGACUCAGGGCGCAGUUCGAAAGAAUAUAUCCCAGACCGAGCUGGGCCGAUGAGGCAACUCUUAAAGGCGAAGGCGAUAGCGAUGACGAAGCUUUGGACGAGGAUGACGACUCGACCGGAGAUGUGGGCAAGAACAUCAGGGGGUUGGCGCAGCUUCUAAGUUCCAAUGCUAAGUACGUGAAACUGAAGACAGCGCUUUUAACACCAACGAAGAUUCUGAUUCUGAGACUCAAAGAUGCAAACAUCGCUCGCAAGGCUCAGGGCCCCGUCAUGGCGAUGAGCUUUCACCCGCUGCAUCCACUUUUACUCACGGGUGGCAUGGACAAAACGCUUCGUAUAUUCAACAUCGACGGCCGAACCAAUAAACUCGUGUCGUCCACUUAUUUCAAAGAUGUGCCAAUCAGAAGCUGUCAAUUUUCUCCUGAUCCAACGUCUACUCUUGUGUACGCCUCAGGUAGAAGACGGUACAUGAGCAGAUGGGACACUACCACCGAGGCCGUGGAGAAAGUGCUGAGAAUGUACGGCCAAGAAGAAACUCAACGGUCAUUUGAGUAUUUCAAGAUGAGUCCUAGGGGAACAUUCGUGGCGUUGCUUGGUUCCAACGGUUACGUGAACCUCCUAAAUAGCAGAACAACCCAGCUUUUCAGAGCAUACAAAGUCGACGGCUAUGUUGCUGAUUUUGAGUUUACCAAGGACGAAAGAACGCUUAUUGUUGCCAACUUUGCCGGAGAUGUAUGGGAAUUUGCUCUCAACUCUCCUGAUGUCGACAUUGUUAACCGCUGGAGCGAUACCAGCGCCGUGGCGGUGACGAAAAUUGCCCUUGGAGGUCCUGCUGACCGCUGGUUGGCUAUUGGCACUAAAAGCGGUAUGGUGAACCUCUUUGACCGCACCACCUUCAACACGCUAUCUAGGGGUCAAAAUCCUAAGCCGUUCCGUAGUGUGGGCAACUUGGUAACGCAGGUGUUUGAGGCCAAGUUCUCUCCUGACGGCCAGAUCCUAUGUGUUGCGUCGAAGCAGAAAAAGGACGCCUUGAAACUUGUACAUAUGCCUCUGGGUACGGUAUUUGCCAACUGGCCCACGGGAAACACGCCGUUGGGCCGUGUGACUUGUGUUCAAUUCUCACCAAACAGCCAAAUGUUGGCCAUUGCCAAUGACGCUGGCAAAAUCACCCUUUGGAGAUUAAACCACUAUUAG